AAAGGCUUCACCAAUUUUUGGAAGUCCCUAAAUUACCCACUGCAAAUAUAAAGUUCAGCAAAAUAAAAAAAGAUAUGAAGAGGGUUAUUACUGUAAAAGACAAAAAAAUGAAAGAAAAUAUAAAUACGGAACUACAGAAUUGUGCAACCGAGAACAGAAAGAGAAAAAAGAAAAAACGGAUCGCACGCAGUCGCACACGAUCCGCAGACGAGAGAGAACUGCCAUGGCGCACGAUCUCAACACAAACGAAGAUUCAGACGACGUGAUGACAGUUGAUUGGAGUACAUAUGGCUACAUCAAUACUCACCCCUCACUCAAAAGUCGAAAACAAACACAGAAAGAAGAGCAGAGCAAAAUCAAACAAGAGGAGAAAAUUAUUAUCACGUUGGCUGAAAAUUUUGCGGAUUCACUUCAGGUACACACCGACGACAAUACUGGCAUUGAUGCAGGAAGUCGCUCACUUCUUCAGAACAAAGGUAGGCCUAAAUCUGCUAACUGGGUUUUAUUUAGCUUAACAUCGUUUCUAGGUAACCAAAAGGGAGGCGUGGAAAAACCAAGGCAGAGAUCAUGAUCGUUUCAAUUUGUUAUGGCAUUGUAUAUGAUCGAUUUUUGUAUUCUAUCUAUUCAUAUUAAUCGUUAAAUAUAUUUAUGAUCUCUCCCAAAGGAAAGAAGCAGCCAACAUGGAGGAUCUUUUCCUUGAAGGAACUGCAUGCAGCAACAAACAACUUUAAUUAUGACUACAAACUUGGAGAAGGAGGAUUUGGAAGUCUUUACUGGGGUCAGCUUUGGGAUGGAUCACAAUAUAUAACUGGUUGGUCGUGGAAUAUUAUCUGUUACAAACUGACAAAGAACAAAGAACAAAGAACAAAGAACAUUCAUCAAUCAAAAUCUACUCAUGAAGAAAAGAAAUACACCCCAACGACUCAUGGACCAAAUGGACCGUGCACGUGCCCGAGAUCGACAAUGGCGACAGCCAAUGAGUUCUUCACAACGACAAGCAUAUUUGGCACGACGACGUGCAAUAGCUCAAGGAAAGCGACCAAUGGUGGAAACUAGCUCAAGCAACAUAACAAAACAAGCUCCAGGAAAGGUACGAAAUAGGUGCCCUCAACAAAAUAAAAAGUUUCAAAGAGACGAGGGCUUUAGGAGACGUGUUUCCGUAUUCUCAUCUGGUUGGCGGAUGGGACAAUCAGUAAAAAUGAACACAACUUAUCUUAGUGAGCUAAUUUUGAAAGAGUGGAAGAAAAAGAAGCAUGCACAUUGGCAAUACAAAAACGCACGUACAGAUUUGAUGACACACGACAUUUAUCAAAUUAAACGAACUUGGAGAAAGGUUUUACGCAUUAGGAGGCGAAAGCAUCGUGAACAGAACAGCUUUUUAGCUAAGUUCUACAUCAAGCGUUUUGAGGAGUUGAAGCAUAAUAUAAAGAACUCUUCCAAUAAUUGGAGCAUGGGUGUUGCAAUAAGGAAAUUAUCUAAUUUCAUGUUUGGGCAACGACUGAUGACAAAUGGAUGGCUGAUAUGGAGUUGAUUGGAGCAUGUGGACUUUACUUUAUUGAACAAAUAUGUAUAUAGGCACUUUGUAGAAGUUUCUUUUUUAAAAGUACGUUUCUAUUGUAAAGAUUUGUAUAUAUCGGUGCAUGUUUUAGGUUUUUACUAAUGGAUUGCUAAAGAUAUAUACAAUAUCUUAUAAUA